AUGCGGCAGCGCUGCUUUGGCCGGUUGCUCUGGGGCCAUGCAGAGAUGCGGGCCGAUCGCGAGCUCCGCCACAGCACCGCCGUCGGUCGCGAGGAGGUCACAUCAUUCAAGGAGGCCUUGAGCCGCCAUCACGGCUACGAAAUGGAUGGAUUGGCACAUGCCUUCUGGCACCGCCCUCUCCUUCCUGGGGCCCUGGGCUCCAAACCCGAAGCCGGCGGCCACGUUGCCGUCAUCGUGAUCCAGCGCGCUUUUGCCCAUGGGCGGUCUUUUCUUGAUCUGCCGAAGCUCACAGCAAAGGCUCUGGACCCACUGGCGGUUUCGGACGAAAUAGCAUGGCGAGUUCUGGACGACCUGGAACAACGACCCUUGCUGCAGCAGGCUGCACUCUUCCGGAGUGCCGAUGUCGUGGUCGGCGCAGUCGGGGCAGCUCUUGCCUGGAUGCUACUUAUGGCACCUGGUGGACAGGUUCUGGAAUGGUUGCCCAGAAAUGUGCAGCCAUCACUGUACCGGUGCAGCGAGGCCUGGAACGAGGACAGCCUGGGCAUGUUCGGGGGCCUUGGCCGGCUGGCAGACGUUGACCACGUAUGCCUGCGAAGCGAAGGAGGGCCACUGCAAGUCCCCGACAGCAAGAAGUUCUCAGCAACCAGAGCCACUGCGAAAGAUGCUUACUGGAGGCAGACAAAUCUCGAGGACGCUCCGGCGCCUCUCUCGGUGGACUUCGAGGCGCUCAGACGUGUCGGCUACGGUGCAGAAGCAGAAGCACAAGAAGCGGCCGCCGUUCAAGCUUCGCUGCAACAGACCUUUUCCGUGCUUCAGCACAAGGUGGAGGAGGAGGAGGCUCGUCUCAAGAAGCAGAAGUUGAAAGAGAGUAGCAACAAGGACGCAGCCCAGGACAAGAGUCUCGGCUGCGAGGAGCCACCGGAAAGCAUCGAGGAGGGUCCCAAACUUGCUGAUUUAUCGCAUGGCGCAACAUACGUUUGUCAGUUUGUUUCGACUUCAGUAGCAAUCGCCAUCAGUGGCCCAUAUCGCACCGUCGUGCCUCAGACCCCUCAGACUCUAGCAAUGGCUUCCGUGAAGAGCAUGAUCGCCGCCGGCCUCCUUGCUGCGCCUUGCGCAGAAGCCUUUGUGGCGCCGGGAGGGUCCCAGUCCUCCCAGGCCGUCUCUGGCCUUCGAGGCUCCACGGCUGUGAAGGCUGAGUCUGGCUUCAGCACCUCGGCGUUGGCCAUCUCGGCAACGACGGGCGCAGCGGUGCUGAGCUUCGUGGGUGCAAAGAAGCCGGCUGCCCGCAAGACUGACGAGGCUUCCUUCAAGGACUUGCGAGCCAAGGAGCUCAAGCAUGGCAGAUUGGCCAUGAUGGGAGCACUCGGCAUGCUAACGCAGAGCUUGGUGCAGCUGCCGGGCAUGGAGGGCGUGCCGAAGGACAUUUCGGCCUUCAGCACAGGUGCCGGCCAAACCGGCUUCCUCAUCACCAUCGCCAUCAUUGCGGUGUUGGAGGCGGCUGUCUUCGUGCAAGACGACAGCAAGGAGCCAGGCAACUUCGGCAACCCGCUGCCUCUGGUUGGGGAUGACUACUCCGACGAGAUGAGAAAUCGGGAGAUCAACAACGGCAGGAUCGCCAUGUUUGCUGCCCUCGGGCAGAUCGCAGCCGGCCUGUACACGGGCAAGUCCGCCAUUGAGCAAUUCGGACUUUGA